ACAUACGUGGCAAUGUCAUUUCUCUCUCAAAAAAUCUUCAGUAAAUGUCGAAGAAUGGCUGAAGUUAAGAUUGUCGUCUUAAUAAUCGUAUGGUGGAUUGCAAACACUCUUACAAUUGAGUUUUCCAAAGAUGAAAUUUCAAUUACGGAGCAAUCAUUUGGCGACAUAAAAUGGCUCGACUUAACUUGCUUGCAGUUAAUUGUUGGUUGUUUAGGGUCAGCGAUUUUAUUAUUUCUUUUUAAGCGAAGAUUAUUUGGUUUAAAGAUCAUUCAGAGUUAUAACAGUUUGGUGGCUGUCGCUACUAAUGUUAUCGGCCAUCUUUUAGUCAAUGUUUCAUAUGCAUUUGUAAGCUCAAGCGUGACUCAGGGUCACGAAUUUCUUCAUGAAGUCCUGGAAAAAUUCUCUUUGGAUUACAGCACCACAAUGAACCUUCGAGAAGUGAAUCUUAUGUCAAAGGGAUCACUAUUACUUACACGCAUCUCAGUGUUAUCCUCUGCCACAACAGCAAAGAAAACCGGAACAAACAUUUGUACGAUGCUCAGUUUCAUCAAUGGGAAAAAUUUGAAAGCAAAAUGGAAUUCAACUUUUGGAAAUUUCGGGCAAAGACAGUGGCCUGACGAAGGCAAUUGUUUAAGGAAGUAGAUGGCCCUUUUGUGUCGAAAACAUUCGUUAAAAAUGCUGAUGGUUUCAAUAUGGUUUCAAUCACCUUUAUGAGCUUCAUGUUCUGACGUCUCACCUCUACUGCUAAGUUUUUCAACUAAGUUUUUCAACUAAAUUUUUCAACCGCUAAAGUUUUAGCAACUCUACUGCUAAGGUCGCAACAGCAAAAAUGAUCUAAUUUAAGCACAUUUAGCUUGGACAGAAUAGCAAAAACGUCCAAAUCUUAACCAUGUCUAGACACAGCGGGCAUCUCAAAAGCCCGCGCCUGUAGGUUUAAGACUAAAUAGCCCUCGGGAUAAUUUUCCAUUGUGUGUGACAAUCAUCAGGAAUUUCUUCGUCUGACCUCUCAUCAUUAUUAUCUUGCAAGUCAUUAUCUGUUGAAUAGAUGCCAGAGUCAUCUUGAGCAAGAAAGGGUUUUAAAUCGGCAUUUUUUUUAAUCGAAGGAACACGGAGCAGCUUUAUCAGUGGAAUAAUCAAAAACAAGGACCUCCUUACACCUGCACAAGUGGAAAGGCUUUGGAGGAUCAGUUCCAGGAACAAUUUUCACCUCUGAACCAUUUUUAAUACCAACAUAUAUUCAACUUUUGACUUAAAAUCUUGAUUGAACGUAGAUUUGCUUCAAGGUUGCUCCCUUCAUUAUUUGGUCGAAAGUAGCUGACGAAAAAUUUUUAGAGAGAGUGCAUUUCCUCUUUUUGCCUUGUUGUUCUUCAUAAUUGCAAUUGUAAUUUUAACUUUAAUGUCCCCAAGCUUCGAACGUUUUUGUCUUUUCUUUCGCACAAAAAAAGAGUUCCUCU